CCGAUCCAAAAUAACCGAAACCGAACUAAAAAUACCCGAACCCGACCCGAAGUACAGAAAUACCCGAACGGGUUCUACACCUCUAUACCGAAAUACCCGAAAAUCCGAAAUACCCGAUCCGAACCCGAACGGAUACCCGAACGCCCACCCAUAAUUCCACUGAUCAAAGUCAACAAAAAUGUAAACAAAUGGUAACGUCUUUUUUUUCCUCUACUCGUAAAUAAUUCAAUUCACAUAUCAAACAAAUGUGUCGCCAUGUCGUCUCCUUAUUCGUUUGCUUACAACAAUUUAGGUUUACAUUCCAAAAAUAAAUACAACCUAACAUAUGCUAUUUUGCGCAAACAACAUUAUCAUCUAUGAUAAUUAUGUGCAAUACAUAUUUAUCAAAUUUAUACUUUAAUAGGUGAAAAAGAAGAUUACUUUCGUUGACAAAAAAAAAAUAGGUGAAAAAGAAGGUCUUAAAUUUAUUUCCCGGUUGUAAUUCCAACCGACAGUUAUUGCAAUUGGCAAAAAGAGUGAAAAAGUAGAAAGUCACGCAACGGGUCUCCUUUGUAAGGUUUAGGAAAAUAAGAUGUAGAAGCCCCAACACAUUAUGUUCUCAUACUCCAACUUUAGUAUCUAAUUUACACUCAUUAGCUUUCAUAAUAUAUAUAUAUAUACACAUAUAUAGACUAAUAUUGUGGUAUUAAUUUAGUUAUACAAAUCCAUGAAAAUGAAUAAAUUAUGAGUGGGGUGAUGCCAAUGAAUUUGAUUGUUAGAUUUUUUUUAAAAGGAAAUGAUGGACCAUGUUUUAUCUUGUGCAACUUUUAAGCUGGCAAAUUAUUAAAAAUAUUUGAAAAAGGGACUUUGGUUUGAUGAGAGGAAAAACAUGAGAUUGUGUAUGAAAUGAUGGGCUCAACUCAAAUGCUUGAGAUUGCAUGUGUAUGUGGCGUUGUCAUGCCAACUAUUCAAUUUAUUGUAGCCCCAUCACUUUUUUGCAUAGCACUCCCUUAUCUAUAACCUUAAACCAUAUAUUUAGAAUAUGAAUGAAUUGAAUCCCAAGUGACUGUGUCUCAACCUGAGAAGGCUGUAAUUAUUUAUUGUCUGCGUUCGGUGUGGUUGUUUACCAUCCGUAGAAUUUGAUCGAUGAUUUUUUUGAUUUUAGUCCUUUUUUUUCUUUUUACCAUUUUAAACGCUUUAAACUUCUACGUAAUAAAAUAAUUAAAGUUUUUAAUGAUCAAAAGUAUGUAAACCAAAACCUAGUUAAUCCACAUUAGGAUAGUACUAACAAUUAAGUUUUACCCCCUAAUUUUUGAUGACACUUAAAACAAUAUCGUAUCUUUGUUUAGCCAAGCAACAUUAACUUAGUCUUGUCAUAAACGAGUUUGCACUCAAGUCUAAGCUUACAUUUAUUAGUCUGGCUUGGUUGGAAAGAACAACUAAAGUUUGUCUAAGUUUAUCGAGUAGUCUAGUUCUGAUAUAGUAUUUUGUUUCUCUAAAGCACAAGAAGACAGCAAAAUAAAUGUGAGUAUACACGGAUCAAGUGAUAUGUUUUCUUUUGAACCGCAAUGAGUCAAUGACUAACUUUUGCACUGCCUUAUGUUACAGAAUUUCAAACUAUCGCAACUAUUCUUGAUAGUAUAAAUCAUUAUAUCUUAGUAUAUAAUCUCGAUCAUUUUGAAAGAAAAAAUGUAGUUUUACGUUGAAGAUGUUCUAAAAUCAUAUAAAGCAAUUCGAUCAUUUUGAAGGAAAAAAAUAAAAUUUUACAUUAAAGAUGCUCUAAAAUCGUAUAAACCAGCAAGAAAAUAAUACUCUUCGCUGGGUUCACAAAAAGAUAAAAAGGGCUAGAAGGCAACUAUUACAAAAGGCCCAUUAGCAUAUACAGAGACAUCUGAAGAGGGCAAAACCCAAACGUUGCGCAAAGGGGAACCAAAGCAAAGACGAAGAAGUUAUUAAACCCUGCCGUUUUAUAGUUUUCUAAUUAUUACAAAUCAACCACUAACUUUAAAAAAUAACAAAUUCCCACUACAUGCACACUACUCCAAAGUUGACAACGAAAAUCGAUUUAUAUUACAAAGAUGCCAUUUUUAAUAAUGACUGCUAGUUGAACAUGGAUUAACAUAAAUUACAACACUUAAAAAAUUGUUAUGGAAUAGUUCAGAUAAGAUCUUGAAUGGCCUAGCUAGCCUAUCCUAGGAAAGCAUGGAUCUUGAUGUCACAUAUACUAAAUAAUAAAUAUACAGAGGUGUAUGCUUAGGUAGGUUAAACGAAAACUGAAUAAAAAUCAAUAAAAAUAUAAAGAAAAAGAGACAAUAAAAGCAAGAAGUCGUAAGCUUUGCAAAGUUGUAAGCUUCUGACCAAAUUUGCUUGGAGAGCAAAACAAGCUCGAAGAAGGAAGUCAAGCUACACGCCAUUUUCGAAGGUGACUUGGUUGUUGUUGUUCUUUCCGGUUUAUGAGAGUCAGUUCUAGCUACUUGUUUGAUUACUGUAGUUGAUCAAUUUGUUAAGGUUUGAAUGUGUUGGAAACUCUUAACAAUGCACAAUGGUUUUGAGAAGCUGAUACUUUCUGGGUGGUUUCUGGAGAAAAGCUGAAAUUAAAAAUGAAAGGCUCAAUUUUGUUUCUUUGAAAUUAUUAUACAAGACAAAAGGGUGACUUCGAAUAAGAGUAAUGUACAUUACAUAGUUUCAUGUAACUGUUAAGGGACAUAGAUGCAUACAUGUAACUUAUGGCAUGGUUACACGACCAAGCGUUGAACCUAGUUACUGUAUUGGGAGAGAACUCAAGUAGUGUAUUAGGUUGCCAAUAUAGUCUAAUGGAACACACUCUCUUUUGUUCUUAAUUGUUUUUUUUUAAUGUUUGAAUCUUAUGAGACAUUUCUGAGCCUGUGGUUCAUUUUGUUUUCUUUGACAGACAAUGAUUCGUGCAAAGCAGAUCAGUAAUCUUUCAAGUUCAGCAAGAUCCUUCUUUCUUGGUGGAACAAGAUCUAGUGCAGCUGAUGGAAACUCUUGCACAUCAUCCGCAGAGGAUGAAAGCUCCGUCUUGAGACGCCACCGAACUAGGCCUGAAGCUGUACACACUGGGAACAGAGUUUUCACCCGACCAUCUCCUCUUCAUCUCCAUGUUUCUCCUCCUGUUUUGCCUGUGAAACCGGAUCCUGCUAAUCGUAAGAUCCCACUACCCGAUGGAACUGAAGUCUCUAUGGUCGAUCAUACUCUUCCUAUUACUAGUGUCAAAGCCAGUGGAAGAGAGCAUCUCGGUGAAGUCUACACUACCUCUGCUUCCAAAGAUUCAUCAGAGAGAGCUCCAGUAAACGCCUCUCCAGGGACUAAGCAAGCUUCAAAUGAUGUGUCUCAUGAUUUAACCAAAACUACCGCCUCUGGAAAGAGGAAGUGUGGCUAUGACCCCUCAGGGGAAAUGAUGAGAGUGACACCAGCACCUAGACACGUCAUAGAAAACGUUUCUAGCAUAUUGCGGAGAUUCAAAUGGGGCCCAGCUGCUGAAGAGGCUCUUCACAACUCCGGUUUCAAGAUGGACGCAUACCAAGCUAACCAAGUCCUUAAGCAGAUAGAUAACUACGCAAACGCUCUUGGCUUCUUCUACUGGCUGAAAACACAACCUGGUUUUAAACAUGAUGAACACACUUACACCACUAUGGUUGGUAACCUCGGCCGUGCAAAACAGUUCGGCGAGAUAAACAACCUUCUCAACGAGAUGGUUAGAGACGGUUGUCAGCCAAACACCGUCACAUACAACCGACUUAUCCACAGCUACGGCCGUGCAAAUUACCUCAAAGAAGCCGUGAAUGUUUUCACUCAAAUGCAAGAGGCUGGAUGCGAGCCUGACCGUGUGACGUACUGCACACUCAUAGACAUCCACGCUAAAGCUGGCUUUCUUGACAUCGCCAUGGAGAUGUAUCAUAGAAUGCAAGCGGCCGGGCUGUCUCCUGAUACUUUCACAUACAGUGUUAUAAUAAACUGUCUUGGCAAAGCUGGUCAUUUACCUUCUGCUCAUAGGCUCUUCUGUGAGAUGGUUGGUCAGGGUUGUACGCCUAGUUUGGUGACGUUCAACAUCAUGAUAGCUUUGCACGCCAAGGCGAGGAACUACCGGAGCGCGUUGAAGCUUUACCGAGACAUGAAAGGUGCAGGGUUUCGACCUGAUAAAGUGACUUACAGUAUAGUCAUGGAGGUGCUUGGACACUGUGGGUUUCUUGAGGAGGCAGAGGGUGUAUUCACUGAGAUGGAACGUGAGAGCUGGGUUCCUGAUGAACAUGUUUACGGUCUUCUUGUGGACUUGUGGGGAAAAGCUGGUGACGUGGAGAAAGCUUGGCGGUGGUAUCAAGCAAUGCUUCACGCUGGUGUGAGACCUAAUGUACCUACAUGCAAUUCUCUUCUCAGUACUUUGCUUAGAGGUCAUAGGCUCACUGAAGCUUAUAAUCUAUUACAAAGCAUGGUGGCGUUUGGUUUGCAGUCUUCUCUGCAGACAUACACAUUGCUGUUGAGUUGCUGCACAGAAGCUCGUUCAAACUUUGACUUGGGCUUCUGUGGGCAGCUAAUGGCGGUCUCAGGCCAUCCUGCACACACCUUUCUCCUCAAAAUGCCGCCUGCAGGUUCAGAUAAUGGCCAAAAGGUGCGUGACCAUGUCAGCAGCUUUCUUGAUUACAUGCACAGCGAGGACAGAGAGAGCAAGAGGGGGCUCAUUGACGCAGUAGUGGAAUUUCUCCACAAGUCAGGACUUAAAGAAGAGGCUGGCUCGGUCUGGGAAGUGGCUGCAGUCAAGAAUGUGUAUCCAGAUGCAUUGAGGGAGAAAAGCUGCAGCUACUGGCUUAUAAAUCUCCAUGUGAUGUCGGAAGGAACUGCAGUGACCGCGCUGUCUAGGACGCUUGCGUGGUUUCGUAAGCAGAUGUUGGUUUCAGGAGAGUGUCCUUCACGGAUUGAUAUAGUAACUGGUUGGGGAAGACGGAGUAGAGUCACAGGCAGUUCAAUGGUGAGACAAGCAGUUGAGGAGCUGCUCAACGUCUUCAACUUCCCGUUUUUCACUGAGAAUGGUAACUCAGGAUGUUUUGUUGGAUGUGGAGAGCCUCUCAAGAAUUGGUUAAGUGAAUCAUAUGUUGAGAGGAUGCAUCUGCUUUAGUUUUUAGAUUAGUAGUUUUG